UUCCGUCUGAAUUGUUCGAAUAAAGUUAUUAAAUUGAAUUUAUGAUUUCUAUAAUCAAAACACGAGCGUGCAGUUGAAAAAUGAAUUGUUUGCCAAUUUCAAAGUGCCACCGGCGAUACGUGUAUUUUCAGUUAACAAUUUAUGACUAAUUUGGGCAUGAUUUAUCCAAAUGUACAUAAAACAAUAUGCAAAAUUGCGGCCAUCUAGCCGGCAACUUAUUGUGAGGCCACAAGAGCUGAGCGCUAGCCAAAAAUAAAAUAUGUUUGCGAAUUUAAUUAAGUUAAACAAAGGCCAUGGACAGCAGCUCGCAUCAAAACGAUAAUCAAAUGUAUUCGAUUCUAUAUUUUUUUGAAUAUAUUGCGGGCACGCCUUACCCAAGACACAAACCGUAUACGUAUAUUCGCCUGGAUCUGAACAGCUUCGGCAGCUUCGCUUGCAAUUCGGCUGCAACUGCGGAUUUCGCUUCGGCUGUGCCUAAAGCCUCGGCUUUCCGGCUGAGACAGAUCGAAGCUGUUCGAGUCGCUAGCUACUUCAACUUGGCGUUGCAUAAAAAGUGGUUCAGUGGAGCAAACGGCUUCAGACUGAAAGCAUCGCGUGCGCGGCUAAAAGUAUCUCAAAGAUAUUUAAACUUAAAGUUAAGCGGCGCGGAAGUGAGGUCUACGACGUAUACGUAAUAUUUGGAUACAUAUAUAUUUAUAGGCAGUUGCACACGGUUAUAAAUUAAUCCAAGAUGUCCCAUUAUCGCUUGCUGACACAGCUGGCCAGGCUCCUGUUCCUGCUGGUCGCACUGCAGCCAAUCCAAGCUGAGCCGGCGGGCUACCUCUACGAUCGCCCGGGCACGGCUCCAUCGGCGCCCGACUCGUCCAUCUAUACGGGCCAUCAUUUUGCGCCGCUGCCCACGGUGCAGCCGCUGCCACCGGUGCCGGCGCUGCCGCCGCUGCCCACAGCGCAUGUGCCUAUUCCCAGGAGUCGUCCGCAGCCCACGGGCAGUAUCUUGAGCCGUUAUCUGCCGGCACAGCCAGCUACUCCGGCUGUGAGCAGCUACUCGUCACCGUCCUUUAGCUCGCCGCAAUCCUCCAUCAGCUACCAUGGCCAGGCGGGACAUUUUGCACAGCAGUCGGCGCCGCAAUUGCUGCAGCAGCCCAUCCAUGUGCCGAGUGCUCCGGCUGCUGCACAGCCGCUGCGCAUUCCGUAUGGCAAGCAGGCGCUGUUCGCGCCGGGCGAGUCGUAUGUGGCCAAUGGACGCCAGCUGAAGCAGUACGCGGUCAUCGAGAUCAUUGACAACGACAUCAACGAGAAUCCGGCGCCGUUUCUCAGCUCCGGCUUUUUCGAUAGGUAUCGGGCGCAUUUGGGUGCCACCGGUACUGGCGCCACGGGCAGCGGCCUCCAGCUGGACUCGCGUGCCAACGCCUUGUUACUGGAGCAGCAGGCGCUGAGCCUGCAGCCGCGUUUGCAGAGCCAGAAUCAGGGUCAGAGCGAUGCCAUUGCCUUGGGCUCCGGUGGCCUGGGCUACAUCCGUCUACCCAAUGGCAAUGUGUACCUGGGCUCCGGCUCUCUGGGCUAUAUCAGUGGCCAGCAGCGUGUCGCCUCCGUUCUGGAUGCACGCACACGUUCCGAGUCCACCUCGGAUGCGUUGCACUUCGGUCACGGACCGUUGGGUGGUGCGGAUAACUUUUUGAGAUUUAAAUAAGCAUUUUAAAAUUGUUUAUUGUAAAUAUUUAAAUAAAACAAAACAGUUUUAUUGUGUAGUUUUUAAGCAUCUUUUAAUAUCAUUUUACACAUAAUUGCAAGAAUUUUGUAUGAUUUCCUAUGCGCACCGCUGAAUAUUCACAAAAUAAAUGCAUUGAA